AUGUUGUCUGAGACAUCGAGGGUGACUCUAAACGUACUGAACCCCAUGCGUGAAUGUCCUCAGGAGGUGCUUGAUGACACAGACCUUGCUGGACCUCUGGUUUUCUGUCUCAUCUUUGGUGGAACCCUACUGCUGGCAGGCAAGGUACACUUCAACUACAUCUACGGCAUUGGACUCCUGGGGUGCCUUAGCAUGUACACCCUUCUCUCCCUCAUGGCACCACAGGGUGUGGCGCCUACAUGCGUGGUCUCCGUCUUGGGCUAUUGCAUGCUCCCCAUGUGCGUCCUCUCCACCGUGGGCAUUGUCUUCUCCCUCAAAUCCCCUCUGGGGGUGGUCCUCACCGCCUUCAUUGUAUUUUGGAGCGCAAUGUCCUCUAGCAAGCUCUUUGUGCGCGCCCUGAGUCUGGAGAAGCAGCGCUUUCUCGUGGGCUAUCCGUGUGCUUUGGUCUACGCGGUCUUCGCUCUUUUGACUGUCUUUUAA